CACCACUUCUCUUCUCUAUGACCCUCAACCUACCUCAAAAUGGAAACGGGCCCUUUGAUCCCCGCCUCUCAAGCAUCCCAUCUCCUCUCAUCGUUCACAACCUUCCUAACACUAACCCUCCACACCCUCCUCUACCAUCGCGCUCUCUACCCCAAAACUACCUUUCUAACGGCUCGAGCCCUGAAUCUCCCCGUCCAUCAAUCUCGUCAUCCCGGCCUCUGCACAUGGAUAAACGACGCUGUAGCUUCAGUAGCAGCACAGCUACGCAAAGGCACAGUACGCCGUAUAGCCAUUGCGAUGCAUGCUGCCAAGACCUUUGAUGUGCUGGAGAGAUGGGUCUUUGAUGUUGAUCUGUUUCCUGCUGGGUGGGGUGAUAGAGAAGAGGCGACCUACAAUCCUGCGUUGGUAGAGGGUGACGAUGAUGGUGUGGUGAAUUGGGCCGAUGUUAAUGAGGCGCUGAGAGGUGCCCUGACGAGAAUAGCACAGAAGGCUGAGAUGAUGCCUGAUUUACCUCACGGGAGCACUUUUACUGUUGCCGUUGAGUUACGUGAUGAUGCAAAUGCACCUAUAGGUCAUCCUCAACAUUGGAUACCAUCUCAGCCAAAUCUUCAACCACCAAACGACACCUCAUUAAAGCAGGGCUCCUCUCUUGGCGGCCAAAGUACAAUAGCGAUUCGGUCUGUCCAAGCCGGUCCUUUAUUCUUUAACUGCUGGAUCGAACAAAGCGAACCCACAACCUCAUAAAAUUCACAUGCAUGAUACCCAGCUUUUGAACAGAUAGAUUAUCGUCAUCAUGACUCUUCACAACCUCUAAUUCAUAUUGUAUAAACAUGACAUCAAUCCGUUAUUGAUUGUCCCGGUCACCCAUUUCCAGACCUGUACCAGCCCGUGCCAUGCGACCCUGAUCCUCCCCCCUAUUCCGACAAAGCCCAGAACCCGCCGCGUUAUGUACAGCCCGGCCGUGGAAACAUGACAAAUACCU